AUGGAUUUAAUUGUUUCAACAAUUGUAUUAAGUUUAUUGAUCCACUUCUUUGAUAAAUAUUUAAAAGAAAAGGCUAUUAAUGGGGUUUACCAGCUUUACAUAGCUUUCAGUAAAAAUGAAGAGCUGAAGAAAAACAAGGAAAAUUUUAGAGAGAUUCUAAGUCUGAAGAAAGAGUUAAACAGUACAAGUAGUCAAGAUGAGUUUGCCAAAUGGGCUCGUUUAAGCAGGAAGUACGAAAAGUUGAAUCAAGAAUGGGAAAGACAGUCUACGAUUGUUCAACGAUUUCAAGAAACAUUUAAAAAGUUCAUUAGCGUAUUGUUAUGGAUAUUGACUAGAGGAUUCCGAUUCUACAUUCAAUAUAAACACUCUAAGACACCUGUGUUUUUCCUGCCAGCGUUUUUACUUCCUUCUUGGGCUUUGUGGUUUUUGUCUCUUCCACGAUCUAAAUAUGGUUCUGUCAGCUUGACCGUAUGGAACUUUGCAGUGCAAAAGACAAUCUCUGCUUUUCUUUAA